CUUCAUCGCUGCGCGUUAGUGGCGGCGGCGGGAUCUCUAUUAGCUCCGCUCCGCGGCGGUGGCGGUGGCGGUGGCGGUGGGUGGAGUUAGAAACCCUUGGGUGAAGCAAGAAGUCUCCUUUCUCCUCGUUGCUUUACUUGUUGGAGCCAAUGAGCGCGUUACUCUCUUCGAAACUGUCCACAGUUGGACGAUCUUUGAUUCGGAGCUUCGGCAAUGAUUUGUCAGGAGCAAAAGCACCUCAUGAGACGAUGACAAAUCUGAGUUACCAAUAUCUUUUCCUUCAGCAACAAAGAACAUUCAUACAGAUGAGGACAAGGCUCAAAGUGGUGGACAACUCUGGUGCAAAACGUGUCAUGUGCAUACAAGCUUUGAAAGGAAGGAGAGGAGCACGACUGGGUGACACCAUAAUUGCAUCAGUAAAGGAAGCACAACCUCAUGGUAAAGUAAAGAAGGGAGAUGUGGUUUACGGUGUAGUGGUGCGUGCUGCCAUGCAGAGGAGUCGCUGCGAUGGCAGUGAGAUCAGGUUUGAUGAUAAUGCAGUAGUCCUCGUGAACAAGCAGGGAGAACCAAUUGGUACCCGCAUUUAUGGGCCGGUGCCUCAUGAGCUUAGGAAGAAGAAGCAUGUCAAGAUUCUAACUUUGGCUGAACACAUAGCCUGAGUGUCCAACCUUCAUGGGAUGUCAUACUUCUGUUUAGGGCUCCUCUGGAUAACUUAAGUUCGUCUUUCGAUGAUCUUUCCAUUGGAUAAUAGAACCUACAUUGUGUUUGGUAAUCAGAUGCAAAUCUAAGUGUGGGUCAUAUCUUUACCCAGCAUCACUCUCA